GCGGGGUGCCAUUUUAAUAUAAAAAAGAUGGAAUAAACUGGUAAAUCGAUUUUCCCCCGUAUGAUCUUCCUUGAUGUCGUUGUUUUUUUAAAAAAAUCAUAUAUUCAUACAUAUAAACAUAGGCCUGCAUAAAGCAGCGAUUAUAAUAAUAUUCAUGUUUUAUGUAAAUAUGAGCUUUAAGGCAUUGAUUUACCUGUAAUUAUAUGACAGGUUGUGAAAAUAUGACACAUACAGAGAUAAAACACAUUUUAACUCAAGGUUUAAUUGUGAUAAGAUGUACAUAUCUCUAACCUGGAUGGAGGUAUAAUGCAAGUUAUUUACAGACACUGGUUUUUACUCAUGUAAAGGAUACAAAUGCAGAACAGCAUGAUUUUAGAUUCUCUAGAUGGGGUGAGCAGCAACUCAAGCAUGUCAACAGCUGCCAGCAUUGGCAUGGGGAUGUCUCCUUCCAUGGGAAUCAGCUCGAUGGCACAGAUGGGUUCCCCUCCAGACAUCAAACCAGACAUCAAUUCUCUCGUGUCACCCUCAUUUUAUCCCUAUGGUAUUCAGCACCCCAUGUCCCAGUCACAGGCCUCCCCUGGGUCUCAGCCAAUGAUGUCACCAGGAUUGCACUCGCCAUCUUCAUCAGUAACCUCACCCUCCAUGAUGUCAAUUGGCUCCCCGGGAUCUGCAGCCUCACCCCCAGGGACGAAUCCUCACAUGCCCCACACUAAUCUCAACAGCAAACAUAUCUGUGCUAUUUGUGGUGACCGGGCUUCGGGUAAACACUACGGAGUUUACAGUUGUGAAGGUUGCAAAGGGUUUUUCAAAAGAACAGUUCGUAAGGACUUGACUUACGCUUGUCGGGAUGAUCGAAACUGUAUCAUAGACAAGAGGCAGAGGAAUCGAUGCCAAUAUUGCCGAUAUAUGAAAUGCUUAAACAUGGGAAUGAAAAGAGAAGAUGUUAAAUGCAGCACCGAUGCAGGGCGCCAAGGAUCAUCUGUACAAGAAGAGAGACAAAGGGUGAAGGAAAAGGGAGAGGGGGAGGUGGAGAGCACCAGCAGUGCAAAUUCAGAUAUGCCGGUAGAGAAGGUCCUGGAGGCUGAAUUAGCAGUGGAACCAAAGACAGACACCUAUAUAGAUGCCCAGAAAGAUGCAGUGACAAAUAUUUGCCAGGCGGCGGAUAAGCAACUCUUUACCUUGGUGGAAUGGGCCAAACGAAUACCUCACUUUACUGAGCUGCCUUUGGAUGACCAGGUCAUUCUACUGCGAGCAGGUUGGAAUGAACUCCUAAUAGCCGGCUUUUCACAUCGAUCCAUUGUGGUUAAGGAUGGUAUACUGUUGGCCACAGGUCUCCAUGUGCAUAGAAGUAGUGCCCAUCAAGCGGGGGUGGGAACCAUUUUUGACCGUGUCCUCACAGAACUUGUUGCUAAAAUGCGUGAAAUGAAAAUGGAUAAAACAGAGCUGGGAUGCUUAAGAGCUAUAGUUCUCUUUAACCCAGAUGCUAAAGGUCUCUCUGCUGUAUCAGAGGUGGAACAGUUGAGAGAGAAAGUGUAUGCUUCACUAGAAGAAUACUGCAAAAUGCACUACCCCGACGAACCAGGGCGAUUUGCCAAACUACUGCUACGAUUGCCAGCACUAAGGAGUAUAGGGCUCAAGUGUCUGGAACACUUAUUCUUCUUCAAAUUAAUUGGUGAUACUCCAAUAGACACUUUCCUCUUAGAAAUGUUGGAGAGUCCUUCCCCGAGCAGCACUUGAUGAGGGAACAUCACCUUCCCUUCGUUAUGUGUAGGGUGUGGAGACAUUUUCUCAAAAUAUAUUGUCAAAGCAACAUCGUGUUGUGUUUUAAAGUCAUGAGUUACUUUUGAUGGGCCUGUGCACAAAUUCUGAUUUAUUUAGCGGGCUUACACCGCCUGUUGAUCUACCAAAACAGGAAGUUAGUCCUUUUAAUGUCUUUGGAUAAUUUUUUUCUCUCUUUUCUUCCUCCUUUUCCCCCGGUGUCAGGCUAUUAUUCGUGCUAAAUUUAUGUCAUAUACUACUGUCAAAUUAAGUGAUUAGUUAAAUGUAUUGAUUUUUAUUAUUAAUGCAUUUUUAAUGAAUACUGUUUUUCAAUCAAAAUAUUCUUGUAACUGAGUAUGAUAUUCAGAACUAAAUUGAGAUGAAACAUCUUUUAAGUCGUAUUCAUAUCAUUUAUAUAUAUAACAUUUUUCAUAGUCUUUUCAUUAUUUUCAUAGUCAUUUAUGGGUUUUUUAAAAAAAAAAUUAAGAAUUUAGACUUUACAAUGUUUCAAGUACUUAGAUUGAACAGUGGAUACGUUUUUCACAGAAUUAUGAAAUGCCAUAGAAAUAAGUUUAUCCACAGUACACAAACAGAUUGAAAAUAUUCUUGUACAAGAUGUUAUUUUUUUGCAAGUGUUUCAGUCUAUGUCACAGUUAGAAAAUAUGAAGGUAGGAUUAUGUUCCGUAGACAGGUAUGAAUAAGAUUAACUCCGUAGUUGUGAUAAGGGGUUUUCUUCUUGCAAGAUUAUAACUGUACUGAAGAAAUUCUUGGAUUUGUGUGGGAAAUGUUUGAUAUUUGCAAAAGAUUUUCAUUCAGAAUUUGCAUAAGAAAUAUAGAAUAGUGUGUGGCCAUUUUAUCCGUGAAGCUUUGACUUUCACCCAAUUAAAUGUAUACAUAAUGGAGUCUCUGCACAGAACAUUAAUGAAAUGUUUAAAAUUGUUCUAUAGACUGUUCUCUCAUGUUGGAUUUCGUGUUUAGCAUUUACAAAAAACACUACAUUACUGUGAUGUAAAGGAAAUAAUAGAUUUUUACAUACUGUUUUAACCACUGGCAAUCAGGACAUUUUUUUAAAAACUUUAUUACAUGUACUGUGAGGUUACCUUUUUAUUUACUGUGAAUCAGGAAUUUUUGUGAUUAUUUGGUAUCUUCAAUUUAUACACAAAAAGAAAUGUCCAGGAGCGAUACUUUAUUAAUAGUUAUAGGCAUCAGAAAUAAUCUAGAGAACUAAAUAUUUUCACUUGUUUGCAUUCAUGCAAAAUAUACAUGAACGAUGAAACAUCAUAAGUAAGAUGGGAGCUGCACUGUGCGUGCUGUGAAUCUUGAGAGGGAUUGACAUUGUAGUAAGAAACGUUUUUGAGCGCUCUUAUUGCUAGAAAUCAAUUUCCUCAGUUUUAACUAUUGAAGUACAUCAAAGAUAAAAUCUUAGAUAUAAAAUUCGAUGUUUUGUAUUAUGAUAUCAGUGCGACCCCUCCCCUAUAGCCUCAACACAUCUUGUAUAUUCAUUGGUGAGGACCACGGUCAGUACCCUAGUUCCAUGUUAAUGGUCUGUCUUCUACUCAGUUCAUUUGUAGAAAAUAUUUUAAAAUGAUUUUCCGAGAAAUUCUUUAUUUGUGGUUGAUGAUGAAGUGGAUUGGUGCAGAAAUAGUGCUAUGUUUAUUCUGUGAGCAGGAUGAAUGUUACUUAGUGUGUGUGAUUUUGUCCAGAUGGCAUGCAUCUGAAUGUUAUUAUGUUAAUAUGAAUUUCAGGCAUUUUAGCUUAAAUGAUUAUAUAAAAAAAAACCCUGACCUGGUACUACAAGUGUUACCAGGUUUUGUUCUGCUAUUUUGACUGUUAUUUUGACAAUGAGUACAUUUUGCUACGUGUUUUGUUUUAACAUGUAGUGGAAGAAUUCUCAGUCUAUUUGAGGAAAAUGUACUAAGAGUGCAAAAUUGUGUAUUUUGAAGAAAUAAUUGUUCAAAAUUUUUAUGCACCCAGAGAACAACAUUUUUGGGUUACAGGGAAUGUGGAAACUUGUAUUUUAGACAUGGGUUGCAUGACUUGAGACUUUUAGAAAAUUUAGGAUCACGGGGAUUAAUAGUAUAAAAACUUUGAGCUAUACCUAUUAAACUGUAGUAAUUUAGGACUGAUAGUGUGAUAAGCAGGUUAACGGGUAUAGAAGUACACUAAAUGUUUGUAGGUCCAUUCCGUAAUCAAGUUGGCUGUUUCUUUAGCAGUAGUGAUCAUAUAGAAAAUGUUCAAGUUACAAGAAAUGGAUUCCAAAUUUUCAGUGUAAUAAUUUUGCAGUAUUUCCAUUUUCCCCCUGUUGGCAGUGCCCUGUGGGCAUCGGUCCCAGAGAGACAACUUGUUUAAAUGAUUUAAGGAAUGGGAAAAAAAACCAAAUCAACAAAUUUUAUACAAACAGGUUCUCUUUUCCCUUUUUAUAAAGGUGGGUGUUUUAGGGGCAUUUGAUGCCCUGGUAUUUGUUAAGGUUUUUACUGUUAAGUGCUAUCUUUUAUCAGAUCAUGUGUAUAUAUUGUACAUUAUUCAUUUAUGUAGAUGAAAUUGUUAUUUUACAUAAAAAUACAGUAUGUCUAAUU